AUGGAGCCAAGCUUCUUAAAAGAGCCGGAGCUGUUCGAGAAAGGAACCCUGCCGAGCAGGAGGGUGGUGGCGGCUGGAGGCAGCGACCCUGGCGCUGGCGAUGUGGACGAGGAGGCCUGGCAGCUCGUCUUUCCCAAAGAGUUUGGAACAGCAGAAACUCUUCUAAAUUCAGAGGUCCACAUGCUUCUAGAGCAUCGAAAGCAACAGAAUGAGAGUGCGGGGGAUGAGCGAGGACUUUCAGAGGUUUCCAUGAAAACUUUAAAUUACACUGCACGUUUCAGUCGUUUUAGAAACAGGGAAACCAUCGCUAGUGUUCGGAGUUUGUUACUCCGGAAAAAGCUCCAUAAAUUUGAGUUGGCUUGUUUAGCGAACCUUUGUCCUGAGACAGCAGAGGAGGCCAAGGCUCUGAUUCCAACCUUAGAGGGUCGAUUUGAAGAUGAAGAAUUGCAACAGGUCCUUGACGAUAUUCAGACCAAGAGGAGCUUCCAGUAUUAA